AUGACUUGCGGAGACAGAGAGCGAAUGACAGCCAACCAUGAGACCUACCUUCUUAUGGCCAGCACCCAGAAUGACAUGGAGGAUUGGGUGAAGACCAUCCGGAGGGUCAUCUGGGCCCCUUUCGGUGGAGAUGUUCCUGACUCUGGUGGAAUCGGUGUGCUGAUUACUGGGGCUCCAGCUGUGCCGUCUGGGUUUGUUAUCAUUGCCCGUGCUGGCAGACAGUGGCCUACUUUGUGCGGGGCGUUUGUGCCCAGGCGGGCAGCUUUCAUUGACAAAGUGAAUGGACCCGGCCGGGGCCGGCCCCCUCUUGUUUUCAGAGCAGCGAGUUUGACGUCUAUCGCAGUUGACUGCUCUUCAAAAGGACGAGCCGUUUUGUCAAAGACGCGGCCGGACCGAGGCAGCACAGACCGACUGAGUCAUGAAACGAAACCCGGGGAGCUCCAAAACAAAGCCACGUUACGCCGGAUGCUUUUUGUUGUCGUGCUGAGCAGCCUGAAGAGGAGAGCAGACUCUGACAUGUGCAGCUGUGGGUUCUCCGUCUGGAUCCUCGGAGAUUUGUUCCAUGGGAUUUUCGGGCAGAAGCUGGAGGAGACGGUGCGGUACGAGCGCAGAUUCGGGAACAAGCUGGCCCCCAUGCUGGUGGAGCAGUGCGUGGACUUCAUCCGGCAGUGGGGGCUCCGGGAGGAGGGCCUGUUCAGGCUCCCGGGACAAGCCAACCUGGUCAAAGAGCUGCAGGACGCCUUCGACUGUGGAGAGAAACCAUCUUUUGACAGUAACACGGACGUGCACACGGUGGCCUCCCUGCUCAAGCUCUACCUCAGAGAGCUGCCAGAGCCCGUCAUCCCGUUCCAAAAGUAUGAAGAAUUCCUGGCCUGCGCCAAGCUCCUCGCCAAAGACGACGAAACGGGCGUGAAGGAGCUCCAGAGGCUGGUGGAAAGUCUACCUCCAGUCAACUACAACCUCCUCAAGUACAUCUGCAGAUUUCUGGAUGAAGUGCAGUCGUAUUCAGGAGUGAAUAAAAUGAGCGUCCAGAACCUGGCCACCGUGUUUGGGCCCAACAUCCUGAGGCCCAAGAUGGAGGAUCCCGUAACGAUAAUGGAAGGAACCGUCCUGGUCCAGCAGCUCAUGGCCGUUUUGAUUGGCCGCCAUGACGUGCUUUUCCCCGGCAACGGCGAGGAGGACAGCCCCACGGCGCUGGAGCUCGCCAACAACAACAACACGGCGUCCCAGAACGCCGAGAACAACAACAACCACACGCACCCCCCUCGGCAGUGCGUGUGGGAGGCGCCCGGGUCGCCCGCCGGCCGUCGCCGCGGGCAGCAGCUGGACAACGGCGGCUCGCCGCGCCCGGGGAGCCCCCGGCGGCGCCCGGACGCCGCCCGCAGCCCGCCGCUGACCGUGAAGAAGAACCCGGCCUUCAGCAAGGGCAGCGGCAUCGUCACCAACGGCUCCUUCAGCUCCUCGCCAUCCUCGGAUUCGGCCCUGGAGAAGGGCCUGACCGUUGUCGGGGGCGCGCCCGUGCGGAGGGGCGGCGGCCUCAAAGGCACCAAGAUGGGCACGGGGGGCGUGGCGGGCGGGGGGGGGCGGGGCCAGCCCCCCCGGGAAUGGCGUGGUCGUCCCCGGGAGCCCCGGCGGGCGCCCGGCGCCAACGGCUGCGUCCUGCUCCGGGAGGCCGGCCGGACGCGGGACGGCGGCGGCCAGACGGCCAAUCAGAACCGGCUGUCCACCUACGACAACGUCCAGCUGAACCAGCAGAACCUGGUCCGGACGGCGAGCGCGUGCCUGAACGGCGGCGGCGGCGGCGGUUCGGAGGACAAGCAGAGCGUGGACAGCGCCACCUGGUCCACCUCCUCCUGCGAGAUCUCGCUGCCGGACAACUCCACCUCCUGCCGCUCCUCCACCACCACCUGCCCCGAGCAGGACUUCUACGGGGGGCCCUACGAGGACCUGGACGGGCCGGAGGGGGGCGGGCAGGAGAUGCACAAGCAGAAGAUCGAGUACGAGGCCAGGAUCAAAAGCCUGGAGCAGCGGAACCUGGAGCUGGAGACGGAGAUGGUGAGCCUCCACGAGGAGCUGGACCAGGAGAGGAAGAAGUACACCAUGGCCGAGAUCAAGCUGCGCAACGCCGAGCGGGCCAAGGACGACGCCGAGCGCCGCAACCAGAUGCUGCAGAAGGAGAUGGAGCAGUUCUUCUCCACCUUCAGCGACCUCACCGCCGCCGGGGGCGCCCCCCCGGCCGCCGACCCCCGCCGGCCGGACCGCAACAACCCCAUCUGGAUCCAGUGA